AUUCAACUCAAGUCACUAGAUCCUGCCCUAACCUUCUGGUUGCUUGCUUCUCUCUCCUUUAAGGGCUCUAUUUCUUAAAUCGGUUUAGGUUUCCAGGAACUGGGGAAGGCUUAAUCAUGGAUUCCAUUAUCCGCUGAAAGAGAAACGAUGCUCUCUUUGAGCAGAGGUUUCUGGAAUAAGCAUAGGAGAAAGUUAUUUAUUGCUCUUGGAGCACUGGGAGGUGGUUACGCAAUAUAUAAGUUUUAUGACGCUCAUAGAAGGAGAGUCACUUUGCUUGAGCGACAGUUGGAGGGGGUUCGAGAUGUCGAUGAGCUCAUUAAGUCUCAGUUGCAGAACCAUUUUGAGAACAUUCAGAGAAUCUCGGACACCACAACGCUACCUUAUGCAAUGCAUUAUCUUAAAUCUAGGAUAGCUGCUGAUUUAGAUGUUUCUUAUUUGACGGAGAAGCUCAGGCAAGCCAAGGGCCAGUAUAGCACUCUUACAACGAAGGAUAAGGCUGAGUUAUGGGAAAGGCUUAAAAUUUUAAGUUUUACAAGAUUGGCAACUUCAAUAUGGUCAAUGACGGUUCUUUGUUUAUAUGUAAAGGUUCUGGUUAACAUAUUGGGUAGACAUCUUUAUGUUGAUAUUGCUCGUGGCUCAGAAAGCUCUGAGACACUAGAUGAAGUUGAAUCUUUUGGCAGGCAUGGUCAUCAAGAAUUUCUCGCAACAGCCGAUUAUCUCUCCACCUAUGGUAUUAGUACGUUAAUUAUGAACAUGCAGAGUGCCGCUGCUGAAGUUCUUAAAGAUAAACAGCUAAAAGACCCCUUCAGCAUGGAGAAACUGCAUGAAAUGAUCAUGCAAAUACUACAGUUGUUUAUGAGUAUCGAAUCGCCAAAUUACUGGAUAAGUUAUCUGGUGCCUGAAAAUGCUGUAACAUACAGGCAGAUGAUGGCUCUUCCCUUUAGUGGAUUUGAUGAUACCUCUGCUCUAAUGGAUGUUGGCAAACUUGAGCAACUGGUGUCAGAAACGUGGGCAGUGCUAUCAAGCACUGAAUUCAGAAACAUAACUGAGCUAUCUCUGAACAAGUUGGUGAAUGUGUUGGUUGAAGAGAUCGAUAUGCAGCUUAAAGGUGGCAGUAGUUCGGCAUCAGAAGCCAUCCCAUUGGUGACCCUUCUCCCGAGAGUGACACAAUUAGCCCCACAAUUGCUAGAUGAACCAAGUAGCAACAAGUUCAUUCAGAUCAUUCAGAGUUUGCCUGAAGUUCAAUUUUUUUACACACUUGUGUAUUCAAAUACGCCUCCACUCUCUUAAAACUUGGUAAAAAGUGAAUUAACUGCUGAAAUGUAAUAUGAAUUUUAUGUAAAAUAGUAUUUUGAUUUAUUUUUAGCUGACUCCAUUAGUAGAGGUUUUCAGCUUAUUUUUAUGAGUCAUUUGCUGUCCUGCAAAGUUGGGAGAAUGUGAAAAGCUCUGUAUCUUAUUUUUUAGCUGGUUUAGUUUUCAACUUUACCAAUUUUUUUUUUUUAAGCUGUGUAUCAAUUCAGAUGAUGCUAUAUAUCAGUACAUUCAGACUUUGAUCUUUGUAAAUUUUCAGAGCGAAAUCAAAUAUUUCUUCA